GUUUCAUUGAGAAUCAUUCCAUUUACACUGCAGGUAUUUAUUCCUGUCUCCUGGGAAUCAGCUGUACUCAAAGCAGACGGCAAAAAUAUUCAAAAUGGCCGUAAGUGCACUAACGAGUUAAUUCCUACUUCUCCCCUUCGGGCUCAGGAUAACGUUGCAACCAGUAGCAGCAGCAGCUUGUUGAUUUCAGAACUGGUUAAAUUCAUGUUGCUUCCGCUUCGGUUUUCCACUAUUAAAGGCAAUAAAAGUUUUUCUAUAAGACAAGGGUUAAGAUGCUAUUACCUGCCAGAUACAUCUGACGCCUAACUGCGGCAGUGCUUUGACGUUACAUUUGCUCGUAUUCCUGUUCAUCAUUAGGAGAAAGACGUAAAUAAAAGUGAUACCUUAGUGUGUGUUUGGGAUGAAGAUGGCGGCUCCUGUUGCCUGCAAGCCUGGAUCCAUCGGCAGUAGCAGCAACAUCAGCAACACUAGCACCAAACCCUGUGUUGUCGAGUUGGAUUUCAGAUCUGGAGCAAGGAUAGAGGAAUUAAAUAAACUAAUUCAUGAAUUUACCAAACAAGAUCAAAGGGAAUACGAUGAUCAAAGAGCUUUAGAAAUUCAUACAGCUAAGGAUUUCAUUUUCUCGAUGCUAGGAAUGGUACAGAAACUGGACCAAAAACUUCCAGUCGCCAAUGAAUACCUUUUGCUUUCAGGAGGUGUUCGUGAGGGGGUUGUUGACCUUGAUCUUGAUGAGCUGAAUGUAUACGCCCGAGGAACAGACUAUGACAUGGACUUCACACUUCUUGUUCCUGCAUUAAAACUCCAUGAUCGCAACCAGCCAGUUACUUUGGACAUGCGACAUUCUGCUCUUUGCCAUUCAUGGUUGAGUCUUAGAUUGUUUGAUGAGGGGACAAUUAAUAAAUGGAAAGACUGCUGCACUAUUGUAGACCAUAUUAAUGGGGCCACAAAUUAUUUUUUUUCUCCUACCAGAGUUGCGGAAUGGUUUUAUGAUUCUAUCAGCAUUGUUCUAACUGAGAUUCAGAAAAAACCUCAGCGUGGCAUGCCUAAAGUGGAAAAAGUAGAAAAGAAUGGUACUGUAAUAUCCGUUAUUUUGGGAGUUGGUAGUAGCCGAAUGUUGUAUGAUAUUGUACCAGUAGUUUCUUUUAAGGGUUGGCCAGCUGUAGCCCAGAGCUGGCUCAUGGAAAACCAUUUCUGGGAUGGCAAAAUUACUGAAGAAGAAGUAAUCAGUGGCUUUUAUUUGGUGCCUGCUUGUUCAUACAAAGGAAAGAAGGAAAAUGAAUGGCGGUUAUCCUUUGCCAGAAGUGAAGUUCAACUAAAAAAGUGCAUUUCUAGUAGUCUUAUGCAGGCCUAUCAGGCAUGCAAAGCAAUAAUUAUCAAACUUCUUUCUAGACCAAAGGCAAUCAGUCCAUAUCAUCUACGGAGUAUGAUGUUGUGGGCUUGUGAUCGACUGCCAGCAAAUUAUCUAGUACAAGAAGAUUAUGCUGCACACUUCUUGCUUGGGCUUAUAGAUGAUCUUCAGCAUUGUUUAGUUAACAAGAUGUGUCCUAAUUAUUUUAUUCCACAGUGUAAUAUGCUUGAACAUUUGUGUGAAGAAACUGUAAUGUUGCAUGCUCGGAAAUUAUCUUCUGUUCGUUCAGACCCGGUGGAACAUCUACGAACAUCUAUUGAACAUGUAAAAGCUGCCAAUCGUUUAACUCAAGAACUUCAGAGACGAGGAAGCGCAUCAAGCAUUCCUUCCCCGCAGUCUGAUGGAGGCGAUAAUAAUCAGCCAGAUGACCGAUUAGCUAAAAAACUUCAGCAGCUAGUGACUGAGAAUCCAGGCAAAUCUAUCUCUGUGUUUAUCAACCCUGAUGAUGUUACACGGCCCCAUUUCCGAAUUGAUGACAAAUUUUUCUGAGUUGGCAUUCAGUAUUGUACACACUAGUUUUUUAUGUGAGCGUGUGCUUGAGAUUUUUUUUUUUUUUUAGCAUAAACUGAUAAUUUUUUGUUGCAGAACUUGGCAUAUCUUGAGAAAAUGGAACAUAUUUUUUCAUAAUGAAGUUGAUUAGCAGUUACAUAUCCCAUUAAUAGUUGCAUAUCCCAUUGUUAGUGUGCUUGAAUCUUUAAUACAUGUCUUAUAAGUAGACCAAGAUCAAAACUGCAUUUACUAUUAAUACUACUAAACAUUUUUAAAUUAUUUUUAACACCAUGAAAAUAAUAACCUGAAUCCAUUUAAUGUGAUUUUAGUUGUUCACACUGCAUUUAUACCCAUAGCUUAUAUGAAAAAUGCUAUAAUUUAUUUAUUAGAAGUGGAAGGUAUUUUACAACACUAACCUCUGAAUACAGAACAGUGUACGCUGUCUUGCUGCCAUUAAAAUAAGCAUACUUAUUACUUUUCUGCAUAAAACAGAGCUAGGGAGAUAGCUUCAUAAAAAGAAUGUGAUAUCAGUAAUGUGAAAUGCAGCUGUUGUGAAAAACACAUUUAACCAGUUUUUGAGCUUUAAUCAGUUGCCAUUCUGUAAAGGAGUUGCUUUGGUUCAGAAACAACUGUUUUGGAAGCCUGAACUAGGUCUGGUGCUUAUACAGCACAAGGCUGUCUACGGAAGUAUUUGCUUUAUAUAUUGAAAACUAGAGUCUGGAAUAUCAUUUUCAUUCUGGAUAUUCCAUAAUAAAUACGUUUGCUGUUUUGUGACUGUCAUAAAGAUGUUUGGAUCAUGUGUCAUCAUUUUUUAAUAUACUGUAAGUCAUUAUGUUUUGUAGCCCCGUUUGCAGUAUAUGUUGAAUCUGCUGAGGUACUUGUAAUAUACAGCAUAGUUUUUGAGCUGUUUUCAGGUUUGCUGACCAUUUCAUGCAUUUUCUGGUAAUACAUUCUCGUACUUGGUGAUUCUCCAGAGAAGUCCCUGAGCCUUUGUUACAUACCAGAAAAGUAUAUUAAACCUCACCAUACAAAAAACAUAUGCUGGCAUGUACAGAACCAGACUAAUCCUUAAAUGCAAAAAGAAUCUUGAAGCAGUCAAGAUUUGGCUUAGUAAAGCAUUGCUUUAAUAAUGAUUUACAAGCAAACAUAUACAUAAACUUAUUUUUCCCUUGUAUUCAGCCUGGUCCCACAUAAAACUAAUAUGCAGUAGUUAAAGUUUUAUGCCCACAGCGUAUUUCAACCUAUAUGGGCCUCACGAUCUGAGAACUACUGUUCCAGACAGUAACAUUUUUAUAAACACACUGUUCAGAAAGUGGAAGUUGCUCCAGUCCAUAUCUGGUGGGUGGUGCUUCUGCAGCUGUUUAUUACAUUCAUAGAGUUAGUUGGAAGGCAUCUGCAUUACAGAGAAACAAAAUGAUAGGUCAUAUAUGGGCCACAAUAUUAGACCCAUUGGGAAUAAAUCAUAGUUCCUUUAGCUACUAGUCAUCUGAGUACUAUAGAGAGGAAUAUUUAAGUUCUCUGUAAUUAUGAAGUAGUAUUGGACCUCUUUAAAAUGAAAGGUACUGUGUGAUAUUAAUACAUAUACAAAUGCAUUUUAAAUUGUGUAUUAUAUACAUUAUGUAAUGUAUUAUAAAAUAGUGUGUAUUUUAUUAUCUGUGUGCUGCUAUCCAUAUCUGAAAUUUAUAAGAUAUUCUAUUUACAUAUGCAACUUAAAGUUAAAGAAAAAAAGGUGAAGCAGUGGACAUAGGGUGCUGUUAAGAUUUUGUUGUGUAUGCGUUUAAAAAUCUGUAAUGUCAAAAAGUGAAACAAUGUGUAAAAGCAGUAGAUGUAAUUAAUACAUGUAUUUCUUCCUAGGAGAAAAGGUGCUUAUCCAUUUUAAUUCUGUUUGCAGUUACCUAAGAGAUAAUUCUGUAUUUCUUAAAGAUCACCUUACUUGUUUAAUGAAAACUUCGUUAUGGGGGAGGGUUGUAUAGUCAUAUACCAGCAAGUUUAUUUUGGAAGCCAGCAACAAAAUUUUCAUUGGUUGGUUCUCUAGCUGUCAAACAGAAUUUUGAUCUUUUGGGGCUAAUGGUACCCUUUGCACCGUUUGAUCAUAGUACUUCCUUAGAUUUUGGUAGCCACUUAUGUACAUGGAAAAAAAGUUUGAAAACAGGCUACUUAUGUAUACCUGUUACACCGUCAGUAAUUCAGUCUAGAGAAAAAGUCAACAUUUUCAGAACUGUAUGUUGUAUGUGCAAUUUAGAGUUUGAGUGCUUCCAUCAAAACAAAAAACUCAAAUAAAAAUAUAAGGUGAGCAACAAAAAUAAAGUAUCCAUAUAA